CUGCUCCGCGACCUCGCGGGCUCCCACGCGAUCUGCUGCAAGUCGGGCAAGGACCGCACGGCCAUGGCCGUGACCCUGGAGCAGACGCGCGCGCUGAGCCGCGACCUCCGCGUCUUCGACGAGCGCAUGCUCUGCAAGCUCCUCCGGGCCCACGGCGUCCGCCGCAGGAACCUGCUGCUCAACACGGGCCAGGACAAGUACGCGUUCAACGCGGUCCAGGUCAAGUCGCUCCCCGUCUGCUACCGGCCCCCGGCGGGCACCUAC